AUGCCGCCCAAGAAAGCUGCUGCCGCAACGCCGCUGGCCGAGGCCGACGCGAAUCGCGUAACGGCGCCCAACAGUGUUGCUGAUGCCGCAAAGCCAGCUCCCAAGUCCCGCAAGCGCAAGUCCGACGCAGUCGAGGCCUCCGAUGAUGCGCCUGCCCCUAAGAAGGCCACCACCACCAAGAAGAAGGACGACGAUCCCCUCCCCGACCUCUCCGGCAUCGCCCUCCCCGGCGACGACGACAUCUCCGUCCCCAUCUACGACAGCUGCCAGACGGUGCGCACCAAGAUCAACGCGCACCUGCGCAAGCCGGGCGUCACCAAGGCGGCUUUCCUGCGCGCCUGCGUCAAGGCCGCCUACGGCGCCGACUCGGAGCACAAGAUCGCGGGCAACCUGCUGACCAACUUCCUGGCCAAGAAGGGCCCCACGGCCGGCAACACGAGCAGCGUCUUCUACGCGGCGUACGUGUUCUUCGAGAAGCUGCGCAUCCGUGACGGCAAGCCGAAGAACGAGACCCGUGAGGAGAUGGAGGCGCGCUGGGGCCCGGAGGGGUUUGAUAGGGAGCACGAUUCUAGUCGCGGGUACUUCUGCGCGGCGGGCACGGCGCCGGUGGUGGAUAAGUAUGGGAGGGUGAGCAUUGUGCCGACUGGCGACGGGCGCGGGCGGGCGAGGGGUGGGUGA